AUGGCAAAGGUGGCAGCCCGUCUGGCGGGUCGCGCCAGCGCCGGCGAGCUGCCCGUGCCCUUGCCGGCGGCGGUGCUGGUGCAAGUGGUCCGGGGCCCUGGGGCCCCGGCUUCGCAGCUCCGACCCGGAGAAUGCGUUGGAAGUUUCAUGGCCAUGCUGGUGCUUCAGAUGCGCUACCUGGGCUAUGUGCGCUACCAUGAAUUGCGACUUCUAGCUGUAGCACUUCUGAGGCCCAUCGAGCCCUUGUUCAAGUUUGCAGGUGCCCCAUUGCCCACCGAUGCCUUAGACUUCGCAAUGCCCAGGUCCAGCGCCUUCAUCGACCCACCACCGCCGCGACCUCCCACCAAGGUCCGACUCUUGUCGCCCCAGCUACAGGCAGAAAUCCAAGAGAAGGCACUGGCGCAGGAACGCGCAGCCAAGACGGGAAAUGGAAGUGAAGAGGCACUCAUUGAGCAAGCCAGAAAAAUUGAGUGGAAGCAAACAGGUCAUGCGGCCCCCGGCCGACCUGGUCCCAACGGCGUCCACGGCGGCUAUGGUCAAGGAGGCUACGGACCAGGUUACGGCCAGCCUGGCCGACAAUUUGGGCCGACUGGGUCACCACGAGGCUACGGCGGUUAUGGCCAAAAUGGCUAUGGCCAAAGUGGCUAUGGCCAAAGUGGCUACGGCCUAAACGGCUACAACCAAAAAAAUGGUCCCAGAGGCGUUCAAAGUGGUCAAAACGGCACGUCCAGCAGUAGAGCAGCGGCUGGAUCCGGAGCUACACGUGCGCUCUAUGUGGAUGCGGUCCCUUGGAAUGGACGCAUGGAAGAGGGCCCCUGCGAUCCUGCCAGCGUCUUUGAGGUCCGUUCCCAUGUCAGGGAUGUGGCACCUCACCUCAUUGGCUCCGGCUGUGAAAAAUACGUGAUGGACGCUGAUAAGCUUCUGAACAAUUUGCCCACGGACUUUGCAUCCGAUGGCAUCCCAGCCUGUCGAAACGAUUACAUGGUCAAAUCGACGGCAAAGAUGGUGUACGAUGUGGAGCGAUGUGCUCAGACUGCCAUGAUGCGUGCAGAACAUGUGAACAAAGAUGAAGAAGCAGAAGUGAAUCAGAUUCUGAAUGACUUGCAUUCCAGCCGAAUACGUGUCCUGGUACCUGUAAAUGGUUACUCAUCCCCGGCCUCGUUUCCGGGACACCCCCAGAUGUCGUCGAAGGACUGGGAAACCUUUGAACGGACCGAUUCCGCUGGACAGCUCGCAAACCAGUGGGGCACAGGCAGCCAUGGUGCAGCAGGCCAUGGUACAGGAGGCCAUGGUGCCGCAGGACAUGGUGGUUUUGGCCAUGGCGCCCAUGGCCAGGGCGCCCAUGGUGAUGUGUAUGGCCAACCCCCACGGCCACAAGAACCCUUGCAGCACGGCAGACUUGGACCUCCGGAGGUUUAUCAAGUGCCCGUGGAGCCGGAGGAGAAACGCAUCAGGGCGGUAGUGGAGAAGGCCAAGCAAUUGAACAAGGAUCCCUCGCUGAUCCCUGGCCCUGUCGCGCCACCGGAUGGGGGACGUCCUGCGCCACCCAUUGCGAAGAUGCCCAUCUUUGGCGCUCAGCAACCCAUGCUGGACAACGGCGUUCCUUCAACGGUCGGAUUGCCUGUCUUCGGCAAGCCCGUGAUGAUUCAGAUGCUUCCUCCUUUGGCCUUUGCCAUGGAACUUGUUGCCGCGAGCUUACUUCACAGCGCCCCGAGUUUGGGCUUUAAGGUGCGGGGCAUGUUACGAGAUUUGGCUGAUGUUCACUGUCGCGUCCCGAUGUUUGCAGAUUUGGCCAUGGGGCGUAGGUACCACGGCCAGGAGUUGGUGAAAAGCGCCGGCCCUGGCAUUUUCCACGCCCAGUGGGCCACUUACUGCUGCGGCGCGCUGAUUGGCAAUGCAGUGGGACUCCCAAGUGAGGCAAUGGCCUUAGCGACUUGGGCAGCAGAGGUUUUGCUGAUGUUCAUUCUGUGGCUCCUUUUCCUGGUGCUCAGUCUGCCCCAGUUCUGGCAAAUGAUGUGGGGCUUUCGCAAGUGGUGGAUCGUCUAUGGACUCACCUACGCCACUCGCUGGAGCAUUUUUAGGUUCGUGAUCCCGCAGAAGGUGGUCACGGACGAUGGCGCGGUGCUGCGUCGCCGCGUCCGGGGGUUCCCUGUGCUCCGCGAUCCCGCAGUGACUCAGCUCCCGGGGCAGAAGAACUGCGCGUUGAUCGGACCCCCAUCCGGUGCCAUGGCGCGCUCUCGCACCAUCUUGGCUCCUCUGGUGACCCUGGCUUGCCACUUGGAUGCCGUGACGAUGUGUUGCUUUUCAGGGUGA